AUUAUUUUAAUAUAUAGUCAAACGUAAUCCUGGUGAAUGAACGCUUUAUCAGGACAAGGAAAAACAAAUCCAAUUCUAUGUAUGAAAAUCAAAUUCAAAAUGGGUAGAAUUUGUGCCGCUUCGUUCUGUAGGAAAUCGUUGGAUGCAAGAGUAAGCUGCUACCCAUUUCCGUCCAAACGCGACACGAUGCGUCUGCAGAUGUGGCAGAAGCGACUACUCGUCUCCGAUACUCCCAACGCAUUUGCAUGCCAUCGGCACUUUUCAGAUCAUCAGUUUCAUUGCGACCCCGCCGGGCAACGAAUAAAAAUGAAACGGAACGCACUUCCGGAUAAAAACAUAGUUCGAAGAACCCGCGACCCGAAGGAUCCGCUGGAUGCUGUUUGUCGUUUGUGCCUGGAACGGUCCGUAAUGGACUACCAGAUGAUUUUUCCAGCUUGGCCCAACCCGGAUGUGCCUACCGCCGAUGACAUUGCCGAACUGUUUGGGAUUGUGAUUACUCCCGACGACCUUCUGCCCCGGAUAGUGUGUGUAACAUGCACAACGAAAAUCAAGUACAUGAAACGCAUUCGCGAUCAGUUUCAGAAAAAUGACGCAAUUUUGAGAACAAAAUUUGUCACUCAAAAAAAUGAAGUUGCCCCUCCUCCAAGAAAGCAAGUUGCGCCGAUUAUGGAACCCAACUAUUAUAGUCGAAGCGAUACUGAUCCAAAGAUUACCGCCGUGGCUAGCUUAGGCAUGAAUCCGGUUGAUAUUCCACCGGUCGCGUCCGGAAGCGAUGGCAUCCUUCAGGGGACCUAUGGUUCAGUCGUCUACGUUCAAGAGGGAGAAACCUAUCAGCAGUUUCGGAUCAUCAACAGCGGUCAAAUUAUGCCUACCGGUGAACAUGAGGAAGUUGUGAGUACAUCCGUCAAAGUUGAACCCACGGACACGGAAUCGGACCUCGUGGAAGUCAUAGACACGGAAAUACUUUACGCGGACAACGGUGAAAUGGAACCGGAAAACGAGCAGGUGAAGAUCGAGUAUCAGCAGCUGGAUUUUGGCUUAUUGCAUACCGAGGACGAUUCGCAGCCUGAGGAGUUGGAAGAGCAUCCUCCGGAAAAGAAACUACGAGUCGACAAGCCAUUCCGAUACGCUGACCAGAUUAAGGUCGAAAAAGACGGGAAGUAACGAGUUGGGCCUCCGGUUUGCUUAAUCAAGUAUCAUUAUCUGUUGUUGGUGUGCACAGUUUGUACGCAUAAUUUUUCACUUUGCUUUUGUAGCACAAUAAGGUGAACAACUUUUACUCUCCAAAAGCGAAAAUUCUUAACUAAACAGAGUGAACAGUUUUUAACUAAUGAGCUACUUGUAACCAAAACUGUGCAUACCAAGCAUUAACGUAUGUUUAAGUUUAAUGUAGUAAUCAUUUCAGACAUAAGCAUGCUUUAAUAGAAAAUAUACUAUAGGAUCGUUUAUUUUCGACAGUAAAUCAUGGUUUUCGUAUUUUUUGUCGUUUAUAAAUCUGCUAUUGACGGCUUCCCCGGAUAAAGUCCAGCAUCAAAAUGACAGCC